AUGGCUGAUUAUCAUUUUGGUAUCGAGAUUGAAGUCAUUGUCGGACCUCACAAGGUUCGAACACCACUUAGCGCCAAACAUGCUUUGUAUUAUAGCAAAUUGGCUGCAUCUCUCCGAAAGCGAGGCCUAAAGGCCAAAGCCGACGAUCUGCAACAAGGCUAUACCAAAAGACCGGAACAUUAUGACAAGUGGUGGAUCACCAAAGACGGGUCCCUUGGGUCCCAUACUGACAAGAUCCCAAUGGAGGCUGUGUCGCCAGUCCUCAGCUUGAGAGCAAACUGGGAACAUGAAAUUGAUGUCUUCUGGACAGCAAUGCGUGUUGUUUUCCAUAUGCCCGAUCGAUCACUUCUCUGCGGGAGUCACAUCCACGUAUCCAAGGGCCUCAAUCAGACCUUCUCACUUCCCCAAGUCAAGAAGAUUGCUUUCGGCGUCGUCUACUACGAGAACCUCAUUCUACAGCUUCUCAUGCGAGAACGAGCCAACAACCGAUACUGCAAGCAGAAUACUCUGAACUCGACGCAACUGAUGCGCUGCAACGGCAACCACAACGCCAUAGCGGAGCUCAUCAAGAGUGCAAAGAGCACCACGGCCUUGAAGAACAUCAUGCAGAACGAUAGGUACGUUCUGUGGAAUUUCGACAACAUCGUUCCCGGGAGCUCUGGCACCAUUGAGUUUAGAGGCGGGAGGUGCCUCAGAGGAGAGAUCAGAACUAAAAGAUGGAUUGCUUUCACGAUUGCCUUGAUCCAAGCUCUACUCAACAUGAAUAACAUCGCGAACCCCAAUGUUUCCACUCUGGAGUCGUGGACACCGGAAGGUUUAUACACUGCGAUCAAGAAAGCCGCUAGUCGGCUGUCGUUGAGAAACUCUUUGCCAGAGGACUGGAAGGUCUUGAACGAAUCGCAGAGAUGA